ACACAAAUAGAAGAUCCCAGGAAACAAUGGAGGCAAGAACAAGAGAGAAUGUUAAAAGAUUAUCUUAUGAUAGCCCAGGAUGCUCUCAGUACUCAGAAAGAACUGUACCAGGUGAAAGAACAGAGGCUAGCACUUGCCAUGGAUGAGUAUGUACGGUUGAAUGAUGCCUACAGAGAAAAAUCAAGCUCUCGUACAAGCUUGUUCUCAGGCUCCUCAUCAAGCACAAAGUAUGACCCUGACAUUCUGAAGGCUGAAAUCUCCACUACAAGAUUAAGGGUUAAGAAGCUGAAGAGGGAGCUCUCUCAGAUGAAGCAAGAGCUGCUGUACAAGGAACAGGGCUUUGAAACACUGCAACAAAUUGACCAAAAAAUGUCUGGAGGCCAGAGUGGGUAUGAAUUAUGUGAGGCCAAAGCCAUCCUGAGUGAACUGAAGGCCAUCAGAAAGGCGAUAAGUUCCGGGGAGAGAGAAAAACAAGAUUUAAUGAAGAGUCUUGCAAAGCUGAGAGAGAAAUUCAAUCUUGACGAGACCACUGGGACAUCUGAGAGAGACUUGAGUUCCAGCUCUGUAAACUCUCAGCUGUGUUUUUCUAGACAAACUCUGGAUACAGGGUCUCAGACUGACAUUUCUGGUGAGGUUGGAGCAAGAAGUAGAUCAAAUUUAGCAGAGAAGGUCAGACUAAGUCUUCAAUAUGAAGAGGCAAAAAGAAGCGUGGCUAACUUGAAAAUCGAACUGUCCAAGCUAGAUAGUGAGGCCUGGCCUGGGGCACUGGAUGUGGAAAAGGAAAAACUGAUGUUAAUCAGUGAAAAAGAAGAGCUUUUAAAGGAACUCCAGUUUAUUACACCACGCAAACGUACUCAAGAUGAGCUAGAGCAGCUAGAAGCAGAAAGGAAGAGGCUUGAAGAAGAGCUGCUGUCUGUAAAAAGCACACCCAGUCAAGCACUUGCAGAAAGAUUGAAAUUGGAGGAGAGAAGAAAAGAGUUGGUACAGAAACUUGAAGAAACUACGAAGUUAACUACUUAUUUGCAUUCACAGCUUAGGAGCCUCUCAGCUAGUACACUAUCUGUGUCUUCAGGGAGCAGUUUGGGAUCUCUGGCAUCCAGCCGAGGAUCUCUGAACACGUCAAGCAGAGGGUCACUAAACUCUCUCAGCUCCACGGAUCUCUACUAUAACCAAGGCGAUCAAAUAACAAAUCUGGACUAUCAGUAUAAACUUGACUUCAUAUUGCAAGAAAAAAGUGGUUACAUUCCUUCAGGGCCUAUCACUACUAUUCAUGAAAAUGAAGUGGUCAGUUCCCAUGGGAGACCGGGUUACAGUGACUCUCCUUCAGCUGCAGACCAUCCCAAAUUGACUGAACCUCCCAAAUCUGUGACAUCGCUGUCUUCCAGAUCCUCACUGUCCUCUUUGUCCCCCCCAGGCUCCCCUUUGGUUUUAGAAGCUGCAUUUUCAGUGUCAGCUCAGAAUUCCCCCCUGCAUCACCUCACUACGGACUUUGAAGACUGUGACCUUUCAGGUGAUUUUGCAGGCAUUAGUCUCUGUGAGAAACAAAUGUUAUUGGACUCUGAAGUCAGAGCAGGAUCUCAGAUUCCUACAGAAGAUAAAGAUCUUAAUGAAGGCAUUAGGCAGCCUCUGCCUUCUCCACAUGAAGGAAGUUCAGGUAAUAAAAAAAUCUAAUGUGACUUACCACGAAGAACAGCUAGUCACCUGCUUGAGGAGAAAACAGCGUGUGUAUCUGCUGCCGUGUCUGAUGAGUCUGUAGCUGGAGAUAGUGGUGUAUAUGAAGCUUCUGUGAAACAACCAAAUGAAAUUGAGGACACUGUAUACAGUGAAGAUGAUGCAACAGCUCUAGAGGCUGCCCAGGUACAAAUAGGACUCAGAUACGACCACAGCAAUUCAAGUUUUGUGAUACUCAUAGUACGGCUCAGAAAUCUUCCAGCAUUUUGUGUCCCCCUUGGCUCUAAAGUGUAUAUUAGAGUAGCAGUACUUCCAUCCUCAACUGAUAUCAGCUCUCUGUUCCGCACAAAAGUUCAUCCUGCCAUGGAAACCAUUUCAUUCAACGAGAUAUUCAGAGUAGCCAUUUCCCAAGUAACACUGAUACAGAAGACGCUGAGAGUAGAUGUUUGUGCUGUCAGUAGAAGUCGUCGGGAAGAAUGCUUGGCUGGGACUCAGAUCAGUCUGGCAGAUUUAUCAUUUUCUGAUGAGACUUGUACUCUGUGGUACAACCUGUUGCCUUGCAAGCAAAUUCCUGGCAAAAAAAACAGGGAACAAAAUGAAGAAUCCAUGUUUCUGUUAAGCAAGCAGUCAUUGGACUCAUUGGACUUGGAUGCUGUGUCAGCUCUGCUGGAGAAGACAUCUGCUGAGCUGGAAGCAGUAGAACAAGAGCUGGCUGACGGCGACGAGGAGGAGGAACAUGAGCAAAGGGGCUCUGAGGAAGACUGGUUAGAAAUGCUCACAGAAGCCUCUGAUGAAAUUGUGGAUGAAGAGGAAGAUGGCAUUAAGGUGGCAGUAGAAGGCAACUGUACUGAUGAUGUGGAGUUACUCAUUGAUGCACCAGAAACAGAUGAAGACAAGGACAGAGAGAACAGUGAUGAGGCCCAUGAAAGCCAGCAAGCUCCUGUAAUGCUAACACUGGUUGAUAAAGAGACUAACACUGAGGAAUCAGUUAACGAGACCGCAACAGUCCGACCCAAGGACAGAGCCAGCUGGAGCUCAAGACAGCGUCCUUUUGUCAGGAACAGCAUGAUAGUGCGCUCACAAACCUUCUCUCCAGGCGAGCGGAACCAAUACAUCUGUAGGUUGAAUCGAAGUGACAGUGACAGCUCAACACUAGCCAAAAAGUCUCUCUUUGUGAGAAAUGCCACAGAACGGCGGAGCCUAAGAGUUAAACAGCCUGUUUGCCAACCAAUCAUGCGAAGAGCUAUGCAAGAGUGCCCCAUACGCACGUCCCUUGACUUGGAGCUGGACCUCCAGGCAUCACGCACAAGACAGAAUCGUCUGAAUGAUGAGCUUCAGGUCUUGCGGGAUCUUAAACAAAAGCUUGAGGAAAUGAAAGGCAGAGGAGAGACAGACCUUCCCCUGUGUGUGCUAGAGGAUGAACGCUUCCAGAAACUCUUGAAACAAGCUGAAAAACAGGCUGAACAGUCAAAGGAAGAACAGAAACAAGGUUUAAGUGCUGAGAAAUUGAUGAGGAAAGCUUCUAAGGAUGUAUGCCGGUUACGGGAGCAGAGCCAGAAAGUGCCACUGCAGGUGCAGUCAUUCAGGGAGAAGAUAGCAUACUUCACAAGAGCAAAGAUCAGUAUACCAAGCCUUCCAGCUGAUGAUGUAUAAUUAUGUAUUUUCAUAGAAGUGUUUUUCCACUUGCUCAUCUCCUUUCAGAUGAACUUUGUAGUUCCAGUGACCUGCUUUUAAAGAUCUUCUAUUUUACAUUCACUAUUGAUAUGUUAUGUGUAAAAUACAGUGAAUUGAAUUGUUGUAUGUUUAAAAAAU